UUUGAAUGCGUAAUGGAUCAAAGCCAAGCAACAGUAAAUGUGCCGCGUUUUAUUGUCAGCGAGGUAGCUGAUUUAUGUGCAGCGCUGCAGUUUGAAAAAGUUUAUGGUGUGUUGCAUAUAAGUAGGCGUAUACAUUGUCUACAGCUCACAUCUGCCUUGGCAUAUGCAAUACUCCAACUGGUGGACUGCACACCGAAAAAUAAGGACGAUUUUAUUGGCUUGGCAUUGGAGUUACUAACGCAGCAGAUUUUGGCGUUACGCAACAUCAAAGCUCCAACUUCUCACAAUGCUCUAGACAAAGAUAUCGAUGUACUUACAUUUCCUCUAGUAUAUGAAUUACUGCUAAAGGCCUACCUACGGGAGGAACAAAAGUCAAGUCAGUUGUCCGAACUAUUGAAGUAUGUGCAAUUAGCUGUUAGCAGCUAUCCUGUUGAUGCAUUAGAAAGCUACUAUGUCGGUAAAGAGCGUGAGGUCAAUGAGAACAUUUGCAGGGCAUUGGAUGUUGCGGAGAUUACGCUAGCUGAUACGACGCUUAAUUUCUCAGCUGCGCAAGUGAAUUGCUCAUUCAAUGUCAAGCCGGCUGCACCAGUCAAGAGCCGCUACUCUGUGUCAAUAUUUGAUCAAAUCGAAGUGCAGCCAGAACAGCCGCGUACGAAGAGAAAUAGUGUGGAGCAAACUUCGAUUAUGAAAUUUGUGGCACGGAGCAUUUUAUUACUGUUAGUAGAAACUACGCCCACUAACAGCAUACUUCUACAAUUACGCACAAUGUUAAAUGACGAAAUAGAAAAGGAUGCAGCUGUCGAAGAUUUCUUUUUAUCGUUGGAGCAGCUAAUCAAAGCGAAAAUGCAUGACGUUUGGUACAUUAUGGUGCAGUACAUUUUGGAAUAUCAAGAACGUUAUGAAUGUAAUAUUAUCAGCACAGAUUUUGUGUCGCUACACUUGACGCGCGUCUUUCGCAAUGUGAUGUUAAAUAAGGAUGUUAACUUUAUUGAUCUCUUCAAUAUGCUCAUCGCGGAUAAAAAUAAAGAAUCUUUGCUGAAACUGCUGAGCAAUGAUUUGAAAACCGAUCAACAACGCAUUAAUUUGCUAACACUUUGUGAAAUGUAUAACGUACAUCUGGAAGGUCAUAGUCAAGUGGAGGCAAUACGCAACAAGCGUUUAAAACAAUUCUACUAUAUGGAGUUUUGCAAGCAAGAUCCCAGCAUAAAGGGGAAAUUCAAUGUGGACACCGAUAAUAUACAGCAAUUGUUAAGAUUAUUCCAUAAUAAGAAAUUGGACGUGAAAUUAUUGGAGCGUAUGAGUAAUGACUUCAAUUUGGAUUAUCAGCAAAUGCUUAUAACGCAGGUAAUAAGCAUAUUGCUUGGUCAGGAACUUAAGUAUGAAAUAAAGACUGAUACCUUCGGUGAGGAAGAAUUGGUAGUAUUAAGCACUGUCAGCGGUAUACGUAAUCUAUGCCAACCAUAUUUGCAUUCAAUAAAAGAUGCCGAUUCGAUGGCAUCGAAAUUAAUACAAUUCUUCAAAGAGAUAAACAUCUAUUUCUAUGAGUUGUAUUUGUAUGUCAUUGAAAUGCUUUCAUUUUUCGACAAAAUGCCCAAGGAAAUGCAAAUUUGGACAAGUAUGUUGCAUUUUCUGAAACACAAAAUGAUAAAGCGUCGUCGCAAUCGUCCUGGCCAACUGGAAACCGAUAUGUGGUUGCAAUCGCAAAGUGAAAUGGGUGUGAUGCCGAAAAUUUCACGCUUUCGCCUACCAUUCAAGCCGAUUGUAGAGCAACCAUUAAAAGAUAUUUUAGAUAACGAGCUUAGUGUCGAUAAUUGCGAAAGUUGGUUUCCUCUCAUGCAAAUGCACACUGUACUUAAGGGCUCAAGUGAUGUACCAAAAGUGCGCGACUACUUAUGCAUGUCUGCCGUGAAGAACUCUAUUGCCGAAUACAAAGCGAAAAACGAAUCCGAAAUAUGGCAUCUACAACCCACAAAUAAUGCCUUCCUACAAUCGAUACUGCGUCUUGUCAAGCAUGUCACUAAUCCAUCUAAAACAUUUAUGAUACUCUAUUUUGUUGCAAACUAUGCACCUGAUGGGGCGGAUCAAGUGGAAGCUUCCUAUGAAUGCUACAAAUAUGCGCUGGCGCAUGAGGAACCCAUAACGAAUGAAAAGUGUCAGGAUCAAUUGGUUAAAAUUAAGCGUAAAUACCCUAUAAUUAAAACGCAGCACUUGCUUUACAUUUAUGGACUCACCGAUGACAAACUUUUGCGACUGGUUGAGAAUCCAACUGAACUUAUUUAUAGCCUUUACCACCAUGAGCUGAUUUUGAAAUCAAGCAAAUUGGAUAUUAAUACAGUUGCGAAAGAAAUCGCCGAACUGCAUGGCUUAGACUUGCAAGCAAUACAGUUUCAGUUAUUGCAAAAGUGGUUGGCUUUCACAGUCGAUGCCGGUAGUGCGAAUAUACUUGAGGAGACAUUCUUCGAAGAUCACAAUUUAGUGGAAGAGGAGCAAACGAAUGCGGGUAAUGCGGCGGAGAAUGUUAUAAGAGCCAAUUAUAUACUCAACAGUUGGCCUAAGAAGCAAGCUAUAGAAUUUUUAGUAGCGCACAUUUUUCCUGCUGAUGGAAGUGUAAAUACCAGCAAACAGCUACAAAUGUAUGAAUGCUUCUCAAAGUUAAACGAUGGCAGCGAGUCCUUUAAGAACGUACUCAGCCAAAAGCAAUACAUAACGAUUAAAUGCGUACAUGAGUUAAAGCAGUUGGGUUAUAAUUCGAGUUUGGAAAAGUUCACAAACUGCAAUAAAAUCGACAUAUUGAAAACAAUUUGGCAACGCAAUGCUCAAAAUCCGCAUACACUUGAGAUAUUAGCAAAUAUUUGUCUUGGUUUCGACAUAUUUUUUUCGAAAAUUUGGAACGGUAUAUUGAAGCGCAUGGCAAUGUUCCAUAUGGUGCGUGAAUUGGAUGCCCUAGUGGAUGUGCUGUCGUGUGAACCCAAGUUGUUACAUACAGAAGGUUUAGUAGUGGCGUGGGAAUGUGUGUUGUGGCAGCCCUUCAAAACAGCUAAUCAAACGAGAUCAUUUGCGCAGGAGGAAUUAUUGCAAAAGACUCUAUUUCGCUUACAGAGCUGUCCAAUAGUGCAUAAGUUAAAUUUAUUUGAUUUUGCUGAGCUCUGCAUUAAUCUGGAGCGACCUCACAUGGCGGCUGUGGCGAUGGCUUUGUGUCGAGAUGUCGGAAAACGUGAUCAAAUCAAAAAACUUAUUUUGCCGCGAAAAAGUGAACAAAUGCGGAAAGAUCUUAUCGAACUGGAAGAUGCGGGACUGCUUUCGGUAGUUCUGAAUUUUGCGCAAAAGGAACUGCAUUUUUAGGGCUAUAGUAUUAGCAUAUUACAGAUUUGUAAUAUAAUAGAAUUGUGCAGUAAUUAUUUAUUAAUAAAAGUUUUUCUUUAAAA